AUGAAUGGUUUACAAGAACUGAUUACAAACAUGAAUGACUUGGAGGGCAUACAACAACUGAUUCCAGACUUGGAGGGCAUACACCAACUGAUUCCUGACUUGGAGGGCACUAAACAACUGAUUCUAGACUUGGAGGGCAUACAACAACUGAUUCCAGACUUGGAGGGCAUACAACAACUGAUUCUAGACUUGGAGGGCAUACAACAACUGAUUCCAGACUUGGAUGGCACUAAACAACUGAUAACGGACUUGGAAGGCAUACAACAACUGAUUCCAGACUUGGAGGGCAUACAACAACUGAUUCCAGACUUGGAGGGCAUACACCAACUGAUUCCUGACUUGGAGGGCACUAAACAACUGAUUCUAGACUUGGAGGGCAUACAACAACUGAUUCCAGACUUGGAGGGCAUACAACAACUGAUUCUAGACUUGGAGGGCAUACAACAACUGAUUCCAGACUUGGAGGGCACUAAACAACUGAUUCCAGACUUGGAGGGCAUACAACAACUGAUUCCAGACUUGGAGGGCACUAAACAACUGAUUCCAGACUUGGAGGGCAUACAACAACUGAUUCCAGACUUGAAGGGCACUAAACAACUGAUUAUAGACUUAGAGGGCAUACACCAACUGAUUCCAGACUUGGAGGGCACUAAACAACUGAUACUAGACUUGGAGGGCAUACAACAUCUGAUUUUAGACUUGGAGGGCACUAAACAACUGAUUCCAGACUUGGAAGGCAUACAACAACUGAUUCCAGACUUGGAGGGCAAGCAACAACUGAUUCCAGACUUGGAGGGCAGACAACAACUGAUUCCAGACUUGGAGGGCAUACAACAACUGAUUCCAGACAUGGAGGACAUACAACAACUAAUUCCAGACUUGAAGGGCACUAAACAACUGAUUCUAGACUUGGAGGGCAUACACCAACUGAUUCCAGACUUGGAGGGCACUAAACAACUGAUUCUAGACUUGGAGGGCAUACAACAACUGAUUCCAGACUUGGAGGGCACUAAACAACUGAUUCUAGACUUGGAGGGCAUACAACAACUGAUUCCAGACUUGGAGGGCACUAAACAACUGAUUCUAGACUUGGAGGGCAUACAACAACUGAUUCCAGACUUGGAGGGCACUAAACAACUGAUUCUAGACUUGGAGGGCAUACAACAACUGAUUCCAGACUUGGAGGGCACUAAACAACUGAUUCUAGACUUGGAGGGCAUACAACAACUGAUUCCAGACUUGGAGGGCACUAAACAACUGAUUCCAGACUUGGAGGGCAUACAACAACUGAUUCCAGACUUGAAGGGCACUAAACAACUGAUUAUAGACUUAGAGGGCAUACACCAACUGAUUCCAGACUUGGAGGGCACUAAACAACUGAUACUAGACUUGGAGGGCAUACAACAUCUGAUUUUAGACUUGGAGGGCACUAAACAACUGAUUCCAGACUUGGAAGGCAUACAACAACUGAUUCCAGACUUGGAGGGCAAGCAACAACUGAUUCCAGACUUGGAGGGCAGACAACAACUGAUUCCAGACUUGGAGGGCAUACAACAACUGAUUCCAGACAUGGAGGACAUACAACAACUAAUUCCAGACUUGAAGGGCACUAAACAACUGAUUCUAGACUUGGAGGGCAUACACCAACUGAUUCCAGACUUGGAGGGCACUAAACAACUGAUUCUAGACUUGGAGGGCAUACAACAACUGAUUCCAGACUUGGAGGGCACUAAACAACUGAUUCUAGACUUGGAGGGCAUACAACAACUGAUUCCAGACUUGGAGGGCACUAAACAACUGAUUCUAGACUUGGAGGGCAUACAACAACUGAUUCCAGACUUGGAGGGCACUAAACAACUGAUUCUAGACUUGGAGGGCAUACAACAACUGAUUCCAGACUUGGAGGGCACUAAACAACUGAUUCCAGACUUGGAGGGCAGACAACAACUGAUUCCAGACUUGGAGGGCAUACAACAACUGGUUCCAGACAUGGAGGACAUACAACAACUAAUUCCAGACUUGAAGGGCACUAAACAACUGAUUCUAGACUUGGAGGGCAUACACCAACUGAUUCCAGACUUGGAGGGCACUAAACAACUGAUUCUAGACUUGGAGGGCAUACAACAACUGAUUCCAGACUUGGAGGGCACUAAACAACUGAUUCUAGACUUGGAGGGCAUACAACAACUGAUUCCAGACUUGGAGGGCACUAAACAACUGAUUCUAGACUUGGAGGGCAUACAACAACUGAUUCCAGACUUGGAGGGCACUAAACAACUGAUUCUAGACUUGGAGGGCAUACAACAACUGAUUCCAGACUUGGAGGGCAUACAACAACUGGUUCCAGACAUGAAAGACAUACAACAACUAUUUCCAGACUUGAAGGGCACUAAACAACUGAUUCUAGACUUGGAGGGCAUACACCAACUGAUUCCAGACUUGGAGGACUUGGAGGGCAUACAACAACUGAUUCCAGACUUGGAGGGCACUAAACAACUGAUUCUAGACUUGGAGGGCAUACAACAAGUGAUUCCAGACUUGGAGGGCACUAAACAACUGAUUCCGGACUUGGAAGGCACCAAACAAAUGAUUCCAGACUUUGAGGGCACUAAACAAUGGAUUCCAGACUUGGAAGGCAUACAACAACUGAUUCCAGACUUGGAGGGCACUAAACAACUGAUUCAAGACUUGGAGGGCACUAAUCAACUGAUUCCAGACUUAGAGGGCAUACAACAUCUGAUUUUAGACUUGGAGGGCACUAAACAACUGAUUCCAGACUUGGAGGUCAUACAACAACUGAUUCCAGACUUGAAGGGCACUAAACAACUGAUUAUAGACUUGAAGGGCAUACAACAACUGAUUAUAGACUUAGAGGGCAUACAACAACUGAUUCCAGACUUGGAUGGCACUAAACAACUGAUUCCAGACUCGGAGGGCACUAAACAACUGAUUCCAGACUUGGAGGGCACUAAAAAUCUGAUUCCAGACUUGGAGGGCAUACAACAAUUGAUUACAGACUUGAAGGGCACUAAACAACUGAUUCCAGCCUUGGUGGGCACUAAACAACUGAUUUUAAACAAGGCUGGCACACAGGAAUUGAUGAGGAAAAUGAAGAGUUCACGAGAACUGACUCAAACAAGGAGUGUAAAAGUAACUGAUGACAAACAUGAAGGGUUCACAAGAUCUGAUGUCAUAUAA